AGUCUUGCCCUCACCAUGUGCCACUCUUCACCGACUAUAUCUAUCUUCGCAGCGGGUCUAUCAGCCUCUGCAGUGGUUGUUUACCUCACACAUAUCUGGUCAUUCGACCGAGGUAGGUGUCUACUCUUCACUCGCCGAGAUGCCUUUCGAUGGGUCAUGUGUUGGCUUCUUGGGUUACUCAAUCUUGGAACGCUAUGUCAAGUAUACAGAGGGCUUCAUCCCCAUCCCGGGGAUGGGCAUUGAGCCGAAGCCGUACCUCUUGUGGGGGUCCCGCUUGACUAGGAUCUAUAGGGUCUCCAUCUGGAUGACCGUCUUUGCCUUUUCCGCCAUGAGUGCUGUACACCUGGAGGAGAUUCUCUACUGGGUGUACAUGAUCCGAGCUUGCCGCAAGAAUGGCUCUGCCCAUUGGUUUCAGACCAUCUGGUUCAAAAUUUGGGUUGCUGGAUCGGUGAUCUGUACGGGUAUCUUCUUUGGCUGUACAGGGAUCAAUCCAGACUUUGCAAAAAUCGAAACCAAUCUAUACCUGUCUGCGUCGCUUGUGUCGCUUGUACUGGUUGUCGGCUCCGGUUGGACAUCAUACCUCUUCCCGCAAUUCAUUGCUGAGGCUCGACGACUGGGCGCCAAUCAGGACGUUCUUGGUCGUUUGUUGUAUGUCAACGUGCUCAACAAUCUCCGAACAACCUUCCGCGUGGCUUAUGUUGUCAUUCUCCUUACGCUAUCGGUCGACGGCUUGACAGAGGCGCAAAAGAUCAACAACAAUCGCUUCGCCCUUGAUGUACUAAUGAUCGCUGGAUACUUCAGCAUCUUCGCAGCCGAGACCAUCUCGCUCUGGGUGAGUUGCUUGCUCCCUUCGAGUCCACUGAUUGUGUUAGGUCCUCCUACCCCGCAAGAGUGCCCAGGCGUCGAAGCAGGCCCAGUCGCAAGCCUCCGUUCGUCUGGCGGGACCUCGACCCGGCAAUGUCAUAGACAGGACCGGGGUCGACGACGCCCAAACGGCAAGUGCAUGGGACGCUCUGGGAGAUCGACUCAACUUGGAGCGAGACCAAGUGUCAGAGUUCAAUCCCGAGAGCGCCAUGUCUAUCAAGGAUCUCGACCAUCUCUCCGCACCGCCUCUACCCAAGGGACCUGGUGUUCGGAAUGGAAGAGGUAUAACCUCUCCACUCGGCGUCCGCUUCUCCAAAGAGAGUAAGCAGACUAAGCGGCAGGAUCAAGAGGCACCGUUCCCCACUCGGGGUCAGAAUGGUAUCGAGGCGAUGGAGAUGGAUCGCCUGAAUCUCCCUCAGGCAUUGAGAGAUUUUGGCGGUCCAAUCAAUAUCAAGACCAGUACAGAUGCAAGAGAUUUGCAGGUCGUGAUCACGAAUGAGGUCGUCCGGGAAUCUUAGAUCCUCUUGAUCGUCGCUGUGCGAUGUAUAU